CGGCGGCGGCGGCAGCGGGGCGGCGGAGCCCGAGGCCCGCGUCGUCUUUUCAUCCUCGGAGGCACCGCCGCUGCUGCUCAGGAAGAAUGUAUUUGCGAUCUUGGACGUGAAGCCACCAGUCUUCUGUUACUGUUAACACAGGCGUGGGGACUGAUGUGGGAAGCAUGGACCUGAUGAACGGGCAGGCUAGCAGUGUUAAUAUUGCUGCUACUGCUUCGGAGGGCAUGCACAAAGGUGAGAAAAAACAGAGUCUGAAGAGACAAAGCAAGCAACAGAACCGGACUCAGAAAAGUAGCAGUUCCGAAUCAUUAAGUGACAAGGGUUCUGAACUGAAGAAAAGCUUUGAUGCCGUGGUAUUUGAUGUUCUAAAGGUUACACCAGAAGAAUAUGCGGGUCAGAUAACACUAAUGGAUGUUCCAGUAUUUAAAGCCAUUCAACCAGAUGAACUUUCAAGUUGUGGAUGGAAUAAAAAAGAAAAAUACAGUUCUGCACCAAAUGCAGUUGCCUUUACAAGAAGAUUUAAUCAUGUAAGCUUUUGGGUUGUUAGAGAGAUUCUUCAUGCACAAACAUUAAAAAUUAGAGCAGAAGUUCUGAGCCACUAUAUUAAAACUGCUAAGAAAUUAUACGAGCUGAAUAACCUUCAUGCACUUAUGGCAGUGGUUUCUGGCUUACAGAGUGCCCCUAUUUUCAGGUUGACUAAAACAUGGGCGUUAUUAAGUCGAAAAGACAAAACUACCUUUGAAAAAUUAGAAUAUGUAAUGAGUAAAGAAGAUAACUACAAAAGACUCAGAGACUAUAUAAGUAGCUUAAAGAUGACACCUUGCAUUCCCUAUUUAGGUAUCUAUUUGUCAGAUUUAACGUACAUUGAUUCAGCAUACCCAUCAACUGGCAGCAUUCUAGAAAAUGAGCAAAGAUCAAAUUUAAUGAAUAAUAUCCUUCGAAUAAUUUCUGAUUUACAGCAGUCCUGUGAAUAUGAUAUACCUAUGUUGCCUCAUGUCCAAAAAUAUCUGAACUCUGUUCAGUAUAUAGAAGAACUACAAAAGUUUGUUGAAGAUGAUAAUUACAAACUUUCGUUAAAGAUAGAACCAGGCACAAGCACACCACGUUCUGCUGCUUCCAGGGAAGAUUUAGUAGGCCCUGAAGUUGGAGCAUCUCCACAGAGUGCAAGAAAAAGUGUGGCAGCUGAAGGAACCUUGCUACCACAAACACCGCCGUCCCCUCGAAACCUUAUUCCACACGGACAUAGGAAGUGCCACAGCUUGGGCUAUAAUUUCAUUCAUAAAAUGAAUACAGCAGAGUUUAAGAGUGCAACAUUCCCAAACGCAGGGCCACGACACCUGCUAGAUGACAGCGUGAUGGAGCCCCAUGCUCCAUCGCGGGGCCAUGCGGAGAGUUCUACUCUGUCUAGUGGAAUAUCAAUAGGUAGCAGUGAUGGUUCUGAACUAAGUGAAGAGACCUCAUGGCCUGCUUUUGAAAGGAACAGAUUAUACCAUUCUCUCGGCCCGGUGACAAGAGUGGCACGAAAUGGCUAUCGAAGCCACAUGAAGGCCAGCAGUUCUGCAGAAUCAGAAGACUUGGCAGUACAUUUAUAUCCAGGAGCUGUUACUAUUCAAGGUGUCCUCAGGAGAAAAACUUUGUUAAAGGAAGGCAAAAAACCUACAGUAGCAUCUUGGACGAAAUAUUGGGCAGCUUUAUGUGGGUCACAACUUUUUUAUUAUGCUGCCAAAUCUCUAAAAGCUACAGAAAGAAAACAUUUCAAAUCAACAUCUAAUAAGAACGUGUCUGUGGUUGGGUGGAUGGUGAUGAUGGCUGAUGACCCAGAGCACCCAGAUCUCUUCUUGCUGACUGACUCUGAAAAAGGAAAUUCAUAUAAGUUUCAAGCUGGCAAUAGGAUGAAUGCAAUGCUGUGGUUUAAGCAUUUGAGUGCAGCCUGCCAAAGUAACAAGCAACAGGUACCUACAAACUUGAUGACUUUUGAGUAAAAAAUCUAGGAAUGAAGAAGGAUGAACUAUUUCACCUAAGUGAGAGCAAGGACCUGACAAAAGAGCGCCAGCUAUAAACAGUCCUGUGCCAGGGAGAGCCCCGAAGUUCUGACUUAGCCUCUGGAGUUCUGAACCAAAAAGCACUAAUUUCAGGGAAUGAAGUAAGAUAUUCCCAGAGAACCAAUUGGAGUUGCAAAACAAACUGCCAUGGACCAUGCUUCUUAUCUCUGAACUGACCUGUGGAAACCACUGCCUUAAAAGAAUGAAAGGAAAACCAACAUGAAACACCAAAUAGUGUGUGUGAAUCUUCUGGCGGUGCUGUGCUUGGAAUAGCUCAUAGCUCAUUUGCGUUUCUUUUAACUUUGUACUAAUUUUGGAGGGGGAAUCGCCUUUUUUUAGAUACACUUUGAAAAAGAAAAACUUACUUCUUUUGGGUUACAUUGGGAACUCCUUUUGAACUGAGGUCUACAGACACUUAGUAAGGUUUUCCCUGCAGUUAACCUGAAAGAAGUGUGUUGCCUCCAUCAGUCUGCAGCCUCACCCGAUUCUAAUGAGAAUGUAGGAAAUAGGAAAGUUAAUAAAAUGUGGAUUGUUGAGGUUUGUUUAGAUGGGGGUGGGAGUGUUUUGUUUUGAAUGAGGGGGAAUUUUUUGAAACACUAAAAUUCUGAAAUUCAAUACUGUAUGGGGAACUAUUUCCUGCAAAAGGUUUUAAGAUUGAGCAGUCAUAUGCCAGAUACAGUUUUUUCAAAUGGGCUCCAGAAAACAUGGCUGUUUUUAACUAAGUUUAAAGUUAGCCUUCCAUAUGAACUCAUUGUUGGGCCACCCAUCUGCUUAGUAGAAAGCUAUCCCCACCUGAACUUUUCUGCAAAAACUUACAGAAUAAUUACAUUUUUUCCCAAGUUACUUGGAUUAGCCCUCUACUGGUCACAGGUGAUUUUUAUCAUCAGGGUGAUAAUAUUAACAUUUUAUGAGGAUAUUUUUCUUUUACAGUGUUUAAAUGUGCACAAUGCCAUUUUAUUAAUUCUUCAUUUUCGUUAUUUUUGUUCAAUAUAAGAUUCACAAACAUUUAUUUUGAGAUUCCACAUAUGUAUGUAUGUGUGCAUAUAUAAAGCAUAAAAAAUAACUUUUAAAGGGAGAUAAGGUGAAAGCUUGAGAUUCUGAAAGUUUUUAAGUAUCAAAACUUCACUUAUACAGCAUUCCUGUUUUAACAUUUUCCCAUCAACUUAAUACUCUACCAUGAAAGCCUGUUUUGUCAGUUAUUUGAGAGCCCUCCUAUGCCAUGGUGCAUUUAAUUUCCAAAAUAAUUAUUCAGUUACAGGAAGAAAAAGUCUGAAGAUCAGUUGCCAUAAAAUUUUGUCAAAAAAUGGCACUUGAACAAAGACUGUGUUGGAUGUUAGAACUUUAACGGUGGCCUGGUAAGAAAACUUAACAUCUUCUAACAGACUUCUGUUACUUUGGACCUCACACAAAAUGUCUGACAUUUGUAUUCUUUUAUAAAUUUAUAUUUCUCCUUGUAAGUAUUUUACCCUUAAAUAGAAAAUAUUGCCCAUGCAAUAAUUAGCUAAAGAUCUAUCCAAAGAAAAGUAGAAAAGCUUCUCCUGAGUGUUAAGUUUUAUAGUUUUCUAUUUGGAAAGGACAUUGAGAAUUCACAUACCUUUCUCAGAUGGCACAGUCAGAAAUAUUAUUUCUGGUUUUGUGGAAAGUGACAAAAGCAAGUAAGGGCAAAAUGUUGCCUAUGCUGAAUGAUCUUUCAAUUAAUAAUCUCCCAAAUUUAACCCAUGUUGGGUACAAUCCUAUCUGCAUAACCAGCAGUAUUACUAUGUAGACCUUGCACAUCUUACUUUUGUUUUACAUUUUUUUUUAAUUUCUUCAUUUCUUUUCAGAAAUAAGCAUUUUUAACAGUGUGGUUUUUAAAAAAUAUAUUGUGGAUGAGAAAACUGUGGAUUUUUGUUAUUAUUUUGUUUGUCAUGAAUAAGCUGUGUUAUAGGUUAACCAUUUCUGUGGGAUAUGCAACUGGAAGUCAGAGCCUGAUGUCACACAGUUUUGCCAAAGAGAGAGCUAAGUCGGAAGAUGCAUUUUACAUUUUCAGGUCUAAAUAAUAAUGGGCACUUGCACAGAUUAAGAAUAGUGUUCAGGUCUGGAAACUAGUGUCUAUACAGAUUUGUGACCUCUGACUGACUGAAAUGCUACUAAACAUAGUUGAGCAGAAGUCACCACUGUUUUCUGUCUUCAGAUUUCUUCAUUCAAAAGAUUAGUCAUUGUGUUAAAGUUAUUUUAGCACUUGCAGCAAAUGGAAACUAGUGAGAGAAGUUACUUAUAAUACCACUAGGUGAAUUUUUUGUCAGUCAUGGAUCAAAUGAUAUCUAAUAAUUCAGGCAAAGAAUAUAUGUCACCAAAACAAAUAUUCAGAGAUUUUUUUUUUAAUCAAAGGUGUUUCCCUCUUAUUAGACCUGCCCUUAUAAAUUCAGAAGUAUGAAGUUUCCAUCAAUAUUAAGGUCAUUUGUUUCUCUCCUAACCAAGAACCCCAUUAUUUAAAUUUAAACUCUUUCAUGAUAAGCAUAAUGAUUGGCUUGUUAUAGGCUCAGCUUAGCAGUAUACACUACUGGCCAAAAUACAACUCAAGGCACACCUCAGUUAUUAUUCGAAUGUGGAGGCUUUCCCCCCCCCCCCAUUUUUUACACAUCAUUGCAAAAUGACCAUAUAUAGUGAUCUUUGGUUUCAUGCCCCCUCUGUUUCAGCUUUACUUACUUUUUCAGAGAUAUCAUUUUUAUUGUAAAAAUACAAAAUAAUCAGAAUGGAAAGAGAACUAAUCAGACACAUCUUACUAUUCAUUUUCUUUACUAUGGAGAUAUUAUUCGUGUAAACAUUACAAAAAGGAACCCAAACAAUUUGAGUUUGAGAGGUUAUUUUCUCCCUAGGCAUUUGCUUCAGUGGCCAUUUUUUUCUGCGUGGAAAAUGCCAUAAUGGCUGUUCCACCACUUUCUGUGCCAGCUGUCUUGGUAUUGGGUUUUUCUGUAAGUUCAGAGCUGCAGGGUUUUUAUAAUGCAUUAAUUCCUUUUCCAAAAGCUAUAUAAAGGAGCCCCAAAACUAUUGGUAUAGAAUGAAAAGAUGUUUACAGUUUCUUUGAAACUGGGCCCUCUGAGAAUAACCUGUCGGUCUCUGGGAGCUAGAAUUUGCCUGACCAAAUGAUGUGAGUGGAAGACUUCUUUUUUAUUUAGGUUAAAUCUGAAACCAUAGGCCAUUACUACUGAAAACCAAACAAAGGGCAGCAUAUUAACUGAAUAGAUUUAAUCUUUAAACUUUUUAAUAGUAUAUAUCCACUGUUCAGUUUCCUGGUUUUUUGUUUUUUGUUUUUUCUUUUCUUUUAUGAGGUACAUUCCUUUAUAACUAGUUUUUAAACCAUAGUAAUACUUUCUCCUGGGGGGGGGUGGGAGGGGAGUUCCAGUAAGGCUUUACAGAAGAUAAUCUUAGAAAUCCUCUGCUUCAAAGGCUUUUGUAAUAAUUAGAUCCCUUUUUGAAAAUGAAGAUGAAUUUGACUUGUCCCAGUGGAACAGUAGAACUGCUGUUGUGUGAGUAGAUGAUAUAAUGUAAUGCAAGUGAUGGGGAUUAUCUGACUUCAGUGGUCUUUUAGGUUUCGCUUCUAUUUUCUCUGUUCAUUUGUGUUCUUUCAAACACAGUAAAUUUAUGAUUUUACAGCCACAGUGGUAUUCUGUUUUUUCUAAACUUUGAGAUAUAUUGUUAUUUAAUUACAUUAAUAAUUCUUUUCUAUGUAAAGUUAGCUUUUUCAGGAUGAUUUAAGUAGUUUUUGGUUUUGCACCCCUAAAAAUGGCUUGUGUCUAUUUCUACUAGAAAGUGACUAGUAGAAAUAUAAAGUGACUUUUUCUACUGCUUGGAGGAUUCUAGUGAAAGAGAUGUAUGCACACAAACUUUAAAUUUAUUGAAAGCAAAGUCAUUAUACCAGGAUUUCAAGUUGUAGUGUGGGGAAAAUUUGGUCAGUGCCUUAUCAAUUUGAAGACCAAUUUUAGGGACUCAAGUAGGACAAUAAUCAUUUGCCCUCUUACUCCUUAUAUUUCAGGAGUGUGUGCUAUGUCUCUCCACCACCUCACUCUUUCUCACAGGAAGUCUUAAGUUAAACCUGCAGACAGUGGUUGCAGUCCUCACUGGUUUUGAGUGUUUUUAGACAAGCUCCCUCCUGUACCACCCCUUCCAGGGUUGGAGAUUAAAAAUAAACCCACCCAAAUCAACCUUUAGAUGAACACUCUCAGGAACAACCUUCAAGAGCUCAAUGAGUCAUUUUUAUUUUGUUUUAAGCACAGGAUUUAAUUAUAAAGCCUGAUAGAAAAACCCCUAAAAGAGUUUGAUGCAGUGAGAAAGUUUUGUUUGGGUUUUAUUUAAGCUACUGGAAUCUUGGAAAGACAGUCCCUUUGGCCAGAAAUGAGAUUAGUUCAGUUUACUGAUUUAAAUAAGACUCAGGGUAAACAAGCAGUCACUUAACAUACCAGUUAUUGUUUCCUUGGAAAUAUUAUGGCAGAAAAGUCAAAACACCAAUAUAUAAAUUAAAAAGAAAAGCCUAAACUAGCUUUCUCAGCAAAAGCAAGCCUGAAAUAUUCUGCCUCUGGAGCUGCUUUAUUUACGGAGUGAAGAUGAUAUAUCCCAUUUUUUUAAGGGCUAAUAUUUCCAUAGUAGGCAAUUCUUUAAAUCCAAAUGAAGGGUUAACUGGUCCUUGAGGUUAUUACCUGAACUCAAAUUUUGGAUCUAGUUAUUUGGUCUGCAAAGUGAUAAUGGGAUUAAAGGAAUACCUAGUUAAAGUACUUUGAGAGUGAGCUUUUUUGUUUUGACCCAUAUGCAGAAAAUUUAAUGAAUAUUAGCUUUGCUUCAGAUACCAGGCAACACAUACUAAGUUCCCCCAAAGAUAACAUCUGUCAGAAUCCCUCACAAAUGCAAUCUAGUAGUCACUGACUGACUGGGCAUGACAGAGUAAAUGAGUCACCAGGCUCGAGAGUCUGUAAACCUUGACUAUUGAUAAAAAUCAUUAUUUUAUAGCCGACCAAAGUGGUAGGGGUGGGGCUUAGGAGUGGCAAACUGGUUCAUAAUGUAGUCUAAAAGAGAGAAGCAUCUGGGUGGGCAGGGGGGUAAACAUCACAAUGAUGAAAAUAAAACUGAAAACACAAGCCAUUUUUAUUCUGCUUUAUCCCAGUUAACUUGAGAUACUCUGGUAGUGAACACUCGGUUGCACUAUGACCUCCUGGAGUGAUGUGCAGCUUGGUCCCCCUCUCACCUUUUAUUUCUGUUUAAUAUACAAAUGUGAGUGUGAGAUCUUCAGUGUGUUUGCAUAAGCUAACUUAAAAUGAAUUUAAGUUUUCUGAAAUAUUUCUAUGGAAAUAAAUUACUUA